UUACAGGCAAAAUUGACGUGAAUAUACCAAAUAUUAAUAAAAGUGAUUUACCAGAAAAAUUAUCAGCAGUAACGGUUUUGAACCUAGAAAUACGAGAAUCAUCAAAUGAAACCAAAUCGAAAUCACCUGAAGAUCCUACAGUCGUUAUUGCACAAUAUACAGAAAUUUCAAAUGAAAACGAUCUCGAAUCACCUGAAAACUUGGCGUUGGAUCCUGGUUUGGUAGAUUCAAUAAAUGAAUCAGAACCGGAUUUUUCUGAGGACUCGUCGGUUGAUGAAGAAGCAUCGGACUCAAAUGUGAAACCUUUAUUAAACGAACCUCAUUUACUCGAUAAUCAAUCAUUAAUCUGUAAAGAGAAAAUUGAUUCACAUGAAGACUGGUUUAUUGAGAACACGUCGGAUAUAGAAUUACAUGAAACACGAGCACUACUGUCUGCUAAAAAAGAACCAGAGUUUUCUCAAGAACCUUCAACUGAGAAUGA